AAAUAGCACGCAUCGUUUUUUACCACAAUCGGUCGACUGCCACAACAUAACAAGCGGGAAAAGGGCGCAAUAGAGGCAUGAUUGGUUACCUACCCAAUUGCAUCAUGGUAAUGAGCCGCGCUCAAUUCGCACCGUUAUUAAAUCUAUUAGAGGAGACUCACCGUGGGUAACACCGGUGGGAAAUAAACAAGGAAGUGUCUUUAUCAGUCCUCAAGAUGUCAGCCAGCAUGAUACUGAUCAGGUAGAAUGUGAUUUUUACCAGGUUUCAUCUGUUUGAGUGACGGUGUCAAGUUAUGGACUUUUAUCUAUUGUCGAUUAUUCGUGUAUAUUAAUAGAGUUCUAGCUUGAAAACCGGUCAAUCAAUCAAAGCUAAGAUGGAAAACGAAUCACUUACUGCCCCCGAGAGACUGAAAUCCGACGUGGAACACCUGAAAGACUGGUUGGCCAAAGAACCUCACCUCCCCGAAAUCGAAGACGAUGAGUGGCUUGCCACAUUCCUGUUCCACAACAAAUUCAGCCUGGAAAAAACCAAACUCAAACUGGACGGCUAUUUUUCUGUCAGGAAUCGCUACCCAGAGGUGCUGAAGAACCGCGAUCCCCUGGGGCCGGACAUAGAGAAGGCCGCUGUGGCCUACAACCAGAGCUACGCGAGCCGGCUGACCAAGAACGGCGAGCGAGUCCUGUUCGCCCGGCCAAGCGCCGACUCCGGGCUUUUCAACGCGACGAACCACCUGCGGCGCAUCUUCAUGAUGUGCGACCUCAUCUACCUCGAGCACGACCGUCACUCCGCCGUCAUGACCGUCACAGACUGCACCCACCUCAGCUACCAGCACUUCCUCAAAGGCUUCCCGCUCGUUAAGGUGGCAUCGGAUAUCUUCACGGCUGCCUACUCUGAACGAAUGAAGGCGUUUCAUCUGAUAAACACUCCCACCUACAUCAACACCAUCGUCGAAGCAAUCAAGAAGAUCAUCCCAGAAAAAUUCACAAGUAGGGUAUUUGUCCACGCGUCGAGCGAUAGCCUCAAGGAGUUCGUCGAUGAGGAGGUGCUCUGCAGCGAUUUCGGCGGCAAGGGCCCACCGUUUGCUGAAUAUGAUGAGCACACCAGAAAAUUGCUCGAAAAGCACAGAAAGUGGUUCCUGGAGCAAGAUUCCAUUUGCGCAGACGAGCGGCUAAGAAGGAAAGAUGAAAACCACAUAGACGAACUGAGAGGAUCCUUCCGGAAACUGGAUGUUGACUAGCCCAGCCAACAGGAAUUUUUUUUGGCAAUUUCAUCAUCAUUUGCGAUGAAAUCAGGCAAAACGCGUCUGAAGGCGGAGACUUACUUUGUUCCUUCUAUAAGAAAAAAA